GCCAUAAAGCUUUGCAAAAGGCUUGAAUUCAGUUGUUGCCUGGCUGAGUAAGUUGUGGCGUCUUCAUCAUCUGUCGAGUAUAUUUCCGCUUUACGCCAUAAUUGUCUCUUAUCUGUUCUUGACAGUGCACAUGAAACUAUGUCUAGAGCUCUCCUGGGAGAAAGACCUGGUCAAAGAAGCUCUUGGUAUCCAUGGUAUUACAUCAAGGUGUCGGAGCACGACGAUUGAAUUUGCUGAAGUAGUUCCCUUUUGAAACGUCUGUCGUCCAUCAUUCUACGCCUUCGACACAAAUUAAAGUUUAGUGAGAAGCAGUAUAUCGAAAGAGAAGAUACAAUAGCGUAUAAGCGCUUGUUUUGAGCUUUGCAACAAAUGAAUAAAGAAACUGAAAAACUGAAUUGAGGGGAUUCAUAUAGAGCGUAGAAAGAUCUGCAACCUUGAUAGGAAAGCACGUACUUAGCGACGAGAGCGUCUUCUCUGAGCCACGACCUUGUGAUUUUGCUUAUUACCUCGGUACGGAUGGAUGUUGCUGGCAUUCUGAAGGUUUUAAUCCUGUUUUUGUCUGGGACUUGGUUCAUCAGAGGCAACCAGGGCAGAGAAUACGAACGAGCUUUGUUGAAGAAAUUAUUUCACUCCAAUUAUGACAAGAAUGAAAGACCUGUUGUGAAUGAUUCGGAUACGGUGACUGUUGUAUUUGGGUUAACACUCAAUCAGAUCGUCGAUGUGGACGAAAAAAAUCAAAUUUUGACAACAAGCGCCUGGGUGAGACAGAUAUGGAAUAAUCCUCUGUUAGCAUGGAAUAGCAGUGAGUUUGGGGGAUUGACAACAAUUAAUGUGGCUCCGAAGAAUGUUUGGCUCCCAGAUCUUGUUCUGUAUGAAAACGCCGACGAUGAUAUUAGCUUUGGUGGCAACUUGGACCGCAUGAACUUCCGAGUGGUCCUUCAUUACUCGGGAAAAAACGUAUGGCUUUCUCCAGUCACCUUCAAGAGUAAAUGCCGCAUCGACAUCAAGUAUUUUCCAUUCGACACACAGAACUGUAAAAUGAAAUUCGGUUCUUGGACUUACGACGGCUUUCGGUUAGAUGUCAUGAACGAGAGCACUUCGGCCGACCUGGGAAAUUACAUCGAGAGCGCCGAAUGGAAGUUGGUCGGUGCUCCUGCAAUGCGCAACGUUGUGACGUACUUUUGUUGUGAGGAGCCUUUCCCAGAUGUGACGUACACGAUUAUCAUCCGGCGACGGUCGCUGUUCUAUUUGAUGAACUUGAUAUUACCGCUGGUCAUAAUCACAGUGUUGAUAAAUGUGUCCUUUGUCCUUCCUGCAGAAUCAGGUGAACGUAUUUCGCUCACAAUUACCAUGCUUCUUGCUAUGACAGUUUUUAUGUUGGUGGUGGCGGAAACAAUUCCUCCGUCUUCUGAUGUAGUUCCACUCAUUGCCAAAUUUUACAUGGCUGGUAUGGUUGAGAUGGCCAUAGGCUUGGUGUGGACCUGUUAUAUUUUGAAAUACUACCAUUCGGAUGUCAUCGAGAUGCCAUCGUGGGUUCGGAAGUACGUUCUCGGCCAUCUCGGACACUUCUUCGGAAUCAGUAUGGAAAAUCUUAAGCGCAUCCAGGAACACUCAAACCUCCGCAAAGAUACGGGUCGCAAGGCAAUUAUUCAAACUGGUUUGGAACCGGCCGGGAGAAAGAUCACGAAUACACUUUUUGUGCCAAACGGCCAAAGCAAAAACCCUUAUGAUAGCCAUUAUGAUAGCCAUUAUAGACGUAUUCCUUCAGCAACCAACGGUUUCUCAUCACCGAUGCUGAAUGCAUCAGAUAUCUCUUUAAACCAAAUAGACGGUUUCCAGGAUCCGGUUCUGCAACUUGGAGAAAGGAUUCUUGAGAGAGUUGACACCCUUGUCGAGAACUCUGUUGUUGAUGAUAGGAUUAACAAUCACAAGGAGGAAUGGCGUAUCGCCGCCAUGGUGAUGGAUAAGUUGUCCCUCUGGGUGUUUGGAACCUCGGUUCUUGUCACUGUGCUGGCGUGUUUCAUGCAGGCACCAGGUUACGUUGCAUGAUUCGCGUUGAAUAAUAGAGAGAGCUGGUUUUCAAAGAAGUGUCUUUGGAAUCAAACUUUGUCGUAUGCAUUUUUGCCUUUUUCUGUGCAAGUUGGUCAGUUUUUCCAUGAUUACAAUGGGUAUAUUGUAUUGUAAUACUUCAAGCUACAAAUGCGACUUUUGCCUGAAUCGGGGUGGAGGGGGGGUGGUGGUGGAUGUAUUCUUGUUGAUUCAAAGGGUUCUUGAGUCUUGACUUGAGAAUCUCGUUACUUAGCAGUAAAAUGAAUUAAACUGAGCCACACGAAGGAGGUUGUACUCCACUGAACGGCUAUCGUUGCGUAAUUCAUGAAGCCACUCACUUUGCUCGUUUAUAUGUGAAGUAAGAUGCUACUAUUCAGAUAAGCGCUUCCCUCUUCGGCGAGAAGAUGUGUUCCCUCCUUGUGGUUUUACAGGCACGUGAUCCUGUUGGCGAUACUAAUCACGUGGGUAAUUAUCCCAUCCCUUUUUCAGGUAAUUUGUAGGAACGUUGGGUGUGCAUAAAAAAACUUAGGUACCAAUUUUGCCGCUUUUAAAACUCAGGAUCGUCUUUUCCCCUUGAUGCACAGUUUAUGCUGUUUUCAACGAGCCGAUGUUAUAUUACGAAAAAACGGUUACAUCUUGCAAUGAGUUAAAAAAAUUUGAAAACGCGCUUUUCCUGGGUUUAACACUCCUUGUCUUAACCUAGAUUUGAAAUGAGAAUUUAGUGUACCUGUGUUUUUGCAUAAAACGAAAGGGAGCAUGUUUCGCCAUGUUAUUUUUUAUGAUGUAAUAGGUAUUCAAUUUAAUAGCUUGCUAGAAAUUGCAAUAAGUUUGCCGAUACAAAACACCAAUAGAUUGUAUGACUGUUGAAUAUGAACUAUUUAUCACACUGUAUAGUUAUCAGGCCGCUCAUACUCAUCGUUUCCUAUAAUUUGCCUCUUUAUAUUAAAUACACUAAUUUUGGACAUUGAUGUUAACAGAAUAGCAGAGUCUGUGGUGGCCUUCAUCGUUCCAGUCUUACCUUUAACAGAUGAAAUAUGAUUCAGAGAAUUUUAUAAAUUUAGUUAAAGUAGAUUUGCUCACAGUGUGAGUAUGAUUACGUGAGAAUGUGUGUGCGUAUGUAAAAUAAACCCGUCGAAAGUAGUUCGGAAUGAAAUGUGCCCAGUUUGGUUUGGUCUUCAUCAUUGGUCUAAAAAAAUUCCCGCCACCCUUUCAACCAAUCAAAAGCAAAUUAAAACUUGAACUCUCAUUAGGAAGGGGGAAUGGCCGGGGGCAAUGGUGAGAACGCUCGCUUCCCACCGCUGAGGCCCAAGUUUGAUUCCUGGCCUGACGUCACAGGUGGGUGGAGUUUCUUGUUGGUUCUCGUCCUUGCUCUGAGGGUUUUUCUCCCGAUCCUCCAAAUGUACUCCCUCCACAUAAACCAACCUCUCAAAUUCUAAUUCAACCUGGAAACAGUAGACAAGAGGAGCCAC